AGCUCGAUAUGGAGUUCAGGUAUUGGUCGUUCAUGGAGGCUCACCCAGCACAUACUGCACUUCCAGCCAAGGCUAGGUCCGAAGCUAUGGACGUGUUGACGUGGGCUUGGACUGAUCGACUCCUUCCCUCACACCGGGCCAUCCCAUCGCCUUUCAGCCAAGACGAAUGUCAAGAGCUUAUGACGUUGCUUCGUUCUUUCAAUACUGAUAAGCAUGACGACCUUGGAAUACAAACGCGUAUUGUUUCGAGGAUCCUUCUCAGAGUCGCUCGUUGGCGCCAGACCUACUUCCGCCCCAACAAGCCCCUACCCAAGGACGUGAGCGGUGGCCGACUUCAACUCCCAACCAGAAGCAGGCCCUUCCGUCGAGUUAUCCUCGACUUUGUCGUCUCUUGCAUCUGCUUGGGCGUACCUUACCUGUUCCUGGAACGUUCGCGGAACUCUCGAAUCGACGAAGAGAGUGGGAUGCGUAAUGCUGGUCCUGCCCUCGUCAUCGGGGCAUGCACCUGCUUGGUGGCUGCGAUUGUCUUGAGUGCAUCUGUGACCUUCCUUUCUUUACCAGGGUUGGAUAGCAUUGCGCGUAUUGCGGGAUUUGUGGCGAUCCUCUUCGCCUCGUUCUCGAUGGCGUCAACGUUGGUUGCUAUCUUCAGGCAUAAGGCCGAUAUGGACACAAUUUCCCAUUUAGGCGGUGAGGGGUUGGUCAUCACGAGGAGAACGCUCGUCAUGUCUCUUCCCAUUGUCUUCCUCGCCUACUCUAUCAUUGGCUUCAUCACCGGCAUCGUGCUUUACUCAAUUCGUGGUGUGACUUUCGUGGAUCCUCACCUUACCCAGAGCCACUUUGGUGACUACACCAAGUGGACUGUGACGGGUUUGGGCGGUGCACUUGCGGGUAUUCUAACUAUGUCACUUUUGCUCCUCCGACGCUAGGCGUCGACUUGUAUACUGUUUCUGAUAUGUACAUUGUACCUGUGCAGCAUGUAUUUGUUGUUUCUCCGGCUUUAUGCAACCAUCCACAUUCGUU